AUGGCGCAUAACAUCCCCGCGGGCUUCAUCAGUCUUGCAGACACCCGUGACGUCCCGCUGCACAGCCUCUUGAAUGUUAUUGGAGUCGUCGUGGAUGUCAUGCCCCCGGCCCCGACCAGAAAGGGCCAGUAUAUGAUCACUUUCAAGCUAAUGGACCUCAAGCUUGCCGAUGCAAUAGGUGGGCGAGAGGGCUUCACGAUUCGGUUCUUCGAUCGCAACGAAGAGGAUCUCCCAAGGGUCAAGAAUGUCGGUGAUGUUGUGCAGCUACGACAGAUCAAGAUCAUGCCAAUCAACGGCCAGCGGCUCGGCUUGUCUAACUUCCAGACCAGGACCAUCGUAGUACCCUCUGCAUCGAUCCCAACUCCUGCGUUCAGCAUUGGCUAUCAGGACAAGAACCGGAUUGAAGGCAUCGGGAAACCUCAGGCCCUGCAGGACUUUGGCCUCCGGGAGCAGGCAUACAUGAUUGCCCUGCGGCACUCUGCAGGCAUGUUAUCCAUCAUAGAAGAGCGACUUGCCCGCAUGUCGAAUCCCUUGGUGGGACCAGCGAGCGCACCUGUUCCAACCGGACCAGUGAGCAUGCAAAGACCUGCACCAACAGGCCCAGCGAGUAUGUCGUCCAGAUUCAUGCCCACAGGACCCGCGAGCAUGGCGAGUCAACUGCCUGCACAGCAGAACAAACAGAAAUACGUCGAGGAAUCUGGCUCAGCAGUACAGCCAUCUGUGAAGAGGCCUAGACUCACUCGCAGCUUCGGUCCUAAGUUCAAGCUGGUCGAGAACUUACAGCCAAGGACUUUUGCCGAUCUAUGCGGAGAGGUUGUGAAGAUGUAUCCGGCUCAAUGGGGUUGCGACUUUUACAUUACAGACUACACGUCAAAUGAUCAAAUGCGUUACUAUCCCAAGCCGGAUGAGGAGACAGACCAGGAGAGAGAUGGCGAUACGUUCGGCUACACGGGUCCACCCAAGAGAGAGUGGCCCGGACCCUACGGAUGGCUUGUCCUGAAAGUGAAUCUCAAGUACCCUCAUGCAGACUACGCCAGCAAAUAUGUCAAACAGGGAGAUUACGUACUGCUCUCGAACGUCAAGGGCAAUAUAUCUAGAGAUGGAUCGUCGCGUUUGGAGGGCGAUUUGUGGGCCGAAUAUGACAACCCUGAGAAGCUCAAGAUCUUGAAGUUGACAGAUCCGAGCAUACCCGAGAUUCGAGCACUACGACAACGCAAGGAAGAGUAUUGGGCUUCGAGCGGCGCACAGCCCCCCCAAGGUGAAGGCGACGCAACCGAAAGCAAGGCGAAGAAGAAGGAGGCCGCCAAGAAGCUCAAGAAGCAGGAGAGAAGGGCUGCCCAGGCCGCGCGACGGGCGGAUGAAGCAGCAGCGUUGGAGAAGAAGAGUUUGAAUCGCCAUGUGCGCUGCACACACGAAGACAUCCCUAUUACCAAAGUUGUGGAUAUCUUGGAUCUGCAGAACACCAAUCACAUCAAUUCUGCACCGGAUGGGAGGGAUUACAUUCUGCCCUUUAUCAAUGUCAAGUAUCGAGCGAAGGUCCGUGUCGUGGAUUACGAGCCAAAGGAUCUGGAGGACUUUGCUAUUCGCCCUGAGCUUGAACAUGACUCAGAUGAUCCGGACAGCAUGGACUGGAUGAAUGCUUCACCCUCCUACGAGUGGUAUUUUUCAUUACUUUUGGAAGACGCCAGCGUACCACAAUCCGUGCCAGCCGAGGAGAGACAUCGGUUAUGGGUACAGGUUCACCACCAGAGCGCACAGUUCCUCCUGAAUCGCCUCGCGGACCCAGAAGAUCUGCAGCAUAACAGUGCUUUACUCCGUGAACUGCGCGAGAAGCUCUUUCUCCUGUGGGGGAAUCUCGAAGAGAAUGGCGGCGAAGAAUUGAGUAAUCUGCCCUUUGAAUGUGUGAUAUUGGAGUAUGGCAUUCCCAUGGAGGAAGAUGAUGCCCUGAGGGAGGCAACGUCGAAUGGUUGGAAAAGAAUGUACGCUAUGGAAGGAGCUAGUAUUCUCUAA